UCCGAAGUAAUGAGAACGGUGACUGUUGGCCGUGGGUCGGUCUCCCAGGCCUGCCCUCUUUUGCUAACGAUCUUCCUCGCCUCCGGGCCAACUCGGACAGUUUGCUCAUUUACUGCAACGGUCAAGGCUGGGUCGUGCCAGCGCAGCGCGCGCACACACACACGCACACACGCGGGGGGAAAACUUUUUUAAAAAAUGAAAGGCUAGCCCGGCUCCUCCGCGGCGCGGGCGCUGCCGCUGCCGAGGGGGUCGGAGCUGACUCGCUGCAGCAGGAAAUCCCUCCUGUCGCGCCGCCCGGGCCCCGCUCGGCGCCCGCGUGGGAUGGUGCAGCGCUCGCCGCCGGGCCCCGAGAGCUGCUGCUGCACUGAAGGCCGGCGACGAUGGCCGCGCGCCCGCCGCCCGCGCCCCCCGCCCGCGCCCUCCUGCUCGCCCUGGCCGGGGCUCUGCUUGCGCCCCGCGCGGCCCGAGGGUUGAGCUCAUGGGACCAGGAAGGAGCCUAUGAAAUCGUCAGUGCUUCUGUUUUGAAUGGAGACCUCUGGAUUCCAAUGAAGAGCAAUAACUUCAAGAAUCAUCCAGAAGUGUUGAAUGUUCGAAUACAACUGGAAAGCAAGGAACUGAUCAUCAGUCUGGAAAGAAACGCAGGUCUCAUUGCCAGCAGUUUCACCGAAACCCACUACCUGCAGGAUGGUACAGAUGUCUCCCUCACUCGAAAUUACACGGGUCACUGUUACUACCAUGGGCACGUGCAGGGAUAUUCUGAUUCCGUGGUCAGCCUCAGCACCUGCUCUGGUCUCAGGGGACUUAUUAUGUUUGAAAAUGAAGCCUACAUCUUAGAACCAAUGAAAAACGCAACCCACAGAUACAAACUCUUCCCAGCAAAGAACCUGAAGAGCACCUGGGGACGGUGUGGGUCACAAUGUAACGCAUCGGGCCUCUCCGUGGAUAAGAUGUUCUCGCUGCCCUCCCACCCGUGGGCUAGGAGGCAUAAAAGAGAGACUCUCAAGAUGACCAAGUACGUAGAGCUGGUUAUUGUAGCGGACAACCGAGAGUUUCAGAGGCAAGGAAAAGAUCUGGAAAAAGUGAAGCAGCGACUAAUAGAGAUUGCUAAUCACGCUGACAAGUUUUACAGACCACUGAACAUCCGGGUUGUAUUAGUAGGCGUGGAAGUGUGGAAUGACGUUGACAAGUGCUCGAUAAGUCAGGACCCGUUCACCAGCCUCCAUGAAUUUCUGGACUGGAGGAAGAUGAAGCUUCUACCUCGAAAAUCCCAUGACAAUGCACAGCUGAUCAGUGGGGUUUAUUUCCAAGGGACCACCAUCGGCAUGGCACCUAUCAUGAGCAUGUGCACAGCGGAGCAGUCUGGGGGCGUCGUCAUGGACCAUUCAGACAGCCCCCUUGGUGCAGCCGUGACCCUGGCACAUGAGCUGGGCCACAAUUUCGGGAUGAAUCACGACACACUGGAGAGAGGCUGUAGCUGCCAGACGGCUGCCGAUAGAGGAGGUUGCAUCAUGAACCCUUCAACCGGGUACCCGUUCCCCAUGGUGUUCAGCAGCUGCAGCAGGAAGGACCUGGAGAGCAGCCUGGAGAAGGGGAUGGGGAUGUGCCUCUUCAACCUGCCAGAACUCAAGCAGUCCUUCGGGGGCCAGAAGUGCGGCAAUGGAUACGUGGAGGAAGGAGAGGAGUGCGACUGUGGGGAGCCCGAGGAAUGCGCGAAUCCCUGCUGCAACGCCACCACCUGUACUCUGAAGCCGGACGCCGUGUGUGCACAUGGGCUCUGCUGCGAAGACUGUCGGCUGAAGCCGGCAGGAACAGCAUGCAGGGGCUCCAGCAACUCCUGUGAUCUGCCGGAGUUCUGCACAGGGACCAGUCCUCACUGCCCGGCCAGCGUGUACCUGCACGAUGGCCACCCGUGUCAGGGAGUAGAUGGCUACUGCUACAACGGCAUCUGCCAGACCCACGAGCAGCAGUGCGUCAUGCUCUGGGGACCAGGUGCUAAACCUGCCCCUGGGAUCUGUUUCGAGAGAGUCAACUCUGCAGGUGACCCUUACGGAAACUGCGGCAAAGACUCCAAGAGCUCCUUUGCCAAAUGCGAGAUGAGAGAUGCUAAAUGUGGGAAAAUCCAGUGUCAAGGAGGUGCCAGCCGGCCUGUCAUUGGUACCAAUGCCGUUUCCAUAGAAACAAACAUCCCACUGCAGGAAGGAGGCCGGAUUCUGUGCCGUGGGACCCAUGUGUACUUGGGUGAUGACAUGCCGGACCCAGGGCUGGUCCUUGCGGGCACAAAGUGCGCAGAAGGAAAAAUCUGCCUCAAUCGCCGGUGUCAGAACGUCAGCGUCUUUGGGGUUCACGAAUGUACAGUGCAGUGCCACGGCAGAGGGGUGUGCAACAACAGGAAGAACUGUCACUGCGAGGCCCACUGGGCACCUCCCUUCUGUGACAAGUUUGGCUUUGGAGGAAGCACAGACAGCGGCCCCAUCCGGCAAGCAGAUAACCAAGGUUUAACCGUAGGAAUUCUCGUGACCAUCCUGUGUCUUCUUGCGGCUGGAUCUGUGGUUUAUCUCAAAAGGAAGACCUUGUUACGGCUGCUGUUUACAAAUAAAAAAACAACCAUUGAAAAGCUAAGGUGUGUGCACCCUUCACGGCCGGCCAGUGGCUCCUGUCCUGGACACGCUCACCUCACCCACCUUGGGAAAAGCCUGGUGAAGAAGCCGGCAGAUUCCAACCCACCUAAGAGCAAUCCCAGGAGAACACCUCAGUGUCCGAAUGUUGACAUCAGCAGACCCCUCAAAGCCCUGGACAUCCCUCAGCCCAAGUCACCUCAGCGAGUACUCCCUCCCCUGCACCAGGCUCUGCGUGCACCCAGCAUCCCUGCCAGACCCCUGCCGGCCCACCCUGCUUUUAGGCAGCCCCAGGGAACUCAUAAGCCACACCCUCCUCAGAAGCCUCUGCCCGCAGGCCCUGUGGGCAGGACAACUCGGUUCGGCAGCACUCCGGGAAGGACUCUGGGGCAGCAGGAGCCUGGGCUCUGCCUGGCACCCCUCAGACCUGCCCCUAAGUGCCCACACCAAGUGCCCAGACCUACCCACACCGCGUACAUCAAGUGAGAAGUCGACACCUUUUCUCAACAGUGAAGACAGAAGUUUGCACUAUCUUGCAACUCCAGUUGGAGUUGUUUUUGUACCAACUUUUAAAACAAAAUUUUUUUAAUGUUUAAAACACCAUUACUUUAAGGACUUUGAGCUACUGCCGUCAGGGCUGUGUUGUGCUAUGGUGCUCUGUACACUUGCUCAGGUACUUGUAAAUUAUUAAUUUAUGCAGAAUGCCUAUUACAGUGCGGUGUGCUGGAGUAGGCAUUUUUGCCAUCACUGAGUUUUCCAUGGAGGGAAUGCUUGUUGUCCUUUUAAUGUUUUAGUGAACUUGAAAUAUCCUGCUUGCAGGGCUUCUGAACAGGAUGUUAACUUUCUGAUCAAGGCAUUAUUGGAAAGCAGUUUCCAACUACCCAGGGCUGCAGUUCUGGCACCAGACACCAGGCAGAGCACCCAGUGACUUUCUGGAAUUUCAUCAGGCCAGACCCGAGGAGCUGUAGGUCCAAGGCUGUCCUUGGCUCUCAGGGAGGCCCCCCCCGCACCGGGGCUGCACCUUGAAGUGUGGGGCCAGGAAGCUUUGGAGAGUACCUGAAUUGCAGAACAGGAAUUUUAAGGUGUGGCCACACCAGGGUAGGGAACAGAGCACUGGGCAAGCAGAAACUUGACCUUGAGCUGACCAGCCAUGAGCACAGUUGGGGAGCAGGCAGCAUUGCCCUGCAGUUGGAGAUCUGUAGUACCACUCGAGGUUUUGCUUUAUAGAAGCACCAAGAACAUCUUUCUCUGGCUGCCCUUUGCAGAGUGCUGGCAUCAGCGCAUUUAGACUGGGAAAGGUGGUGUUUCUACAAGAAAGCUAUAGCCCAGGCAACACAAACCUCCAUCUCCCCCUGUGGUUGGCACUAAGCAAAUUACCACAUUGUCUUUGCAAUGGUAAUACCAUGAUCCUGCAUUCAGAGACAGAUGAGGCAUUCUAUGGAACCAUAACUAAUUUCAGAUGUGAACCAGAAACCAGAUCUAGUCAAUCAAGUCUGUAAAUAAAAAUCUCCUUUUACUGCAAGGUUCAACUUAUUAAAAAUUAGGCAGAAUCCCCAUACUUGCAAAAAUUACAACCAAAUGGUAUGCCAUAUUCUCUGGUAUAGCCUAUGUCUGCCAUCCUUAAUAGUAUAUUCUGGGAAAAGAACCAUGAGUUACUACUAAGUUCACUUUGGGGCAUCCUGUUUUCCCAGCUUGGCUGCAGAAAUCUUUAAAAGAUGUUUUUAGUGUAGAGUCACAAUCUAUUUCUUAAACACUUAUGACCUACCUGUGGAGCAUCAUAGAAUAGGAUGAGGAGCUCAGUUCCUAGUCCUAAACAUUCAUGAAAUUCCGGCUUGGAACAGCCCCUUCCAUCUUCUGCUCUUCAGAUGUCUAACGGGGUGGGGGGAGGG